AUGGUUCUUAACAUGUUCCACUGCGAAGUUUCACUCGCACAUCACUUGUGGGUGGUGUCAAUGUUGGCUAUCCGCUCAAUGCUAGGAACCUUACCCACAGUUUCCAUACCGAAUUUAGGCUAUUUCUCAGUCCUCUUCGACCCUGUUCCUGGCCAGGAGCAUACCUACCGAAUUGAUACGGCAGGUGAAUAUGUUGACAGGAUUCUCCAGGAUAUGGAGGAAGCGCGCGCCCCUCUACCCGUCUCCGCAACCCGUGCUUCCAGAGUCGCCCUUGCAGAGCCGCUCGUCGAUGGAUACGCUGAAGGAUGCCAGAUGUGGAAACUGCAGGCUGGCCCGCCCCCCAACCCUAUGGGCAUGACCGGGAUGCAACCACCAGGAAAUUGUUCACUCAGACGGCCUGAGAGAUGGCCAGGGAAAAGGCAGGCACUAGAUAUUGCAUCUUUCCGUGCCCCACCCCUCUACAGAAGGCCAGACCCCAUCUGGACCGCACAGCAGGAGUGGGACGAUGCUGAAAUAGACGCCGCCCUGGAAGAAGCCAGGGCGGCAAUUGAGCAUCCUGGCUCACUGACAAAGCCUCCGGAACCUCAUACGUCUGCCUGGACAACGAAGAGGCCGCUAUCCGCCUCCCGCCUCUAUUCUGAAACUGGUGGGGGGUUUGGUUUCGUUGUUUCGUUGUUUCGCUGUUUCGUUUGUCAUCAGCAAUUUGAGUUCGUGCGUAGGCUCAAUAUCCGUCUCCCAUUCAUGGGAGAAGAAGAAUAA